AUGUUUAAAUUUAAAUUUAUUUUAAUUUAAAUUAAAAGUUUAUUAGGAAAACAUGAGGAAGCACUAAAAUCUGUGAAAAUAGCAUUGUCUAUUGAUCCUUAAAACUCUGAUUCUUUAUACAGAAAAGGUAAUUUUCAAAUUUAAUCAACAGCUGAAUGUCUAAAAUUUCGUAAAUAAAUAAUCAAUAAUAGCUCCUGA